AUGCACUUGUCAGCUCUUCUCGUCGCGCUCACCUGUGUCUCCACAGCUAGCGCACAUGUCGCUUUGUGGGACAAGGGUAUGUUUGGAUUAAACUACCCAUAUCAAUCAGAUGAUCCUAGCAAUAACAACUAUAACAACAACGAGCCCGUCAUUCCAUUGAAACAGGUGGAUGCCCGAAGUACUGCUGGAUGGUUCGGUCAUGGUUUACUGAGCUUCCCACCAAAAUCGGGAGACUUCAUGGUUCUUCCAUCUGGCGGCACCUAUAAUGGUGAAGUCAGUUGUAACCGUGGUCAAACAACCUUAGGUGAUCCAAAUGACAAAACAGCCAAAUACCAAUAUGCCUGUCGACCUGACGGCGGUCAAUACUCCGGUGUCGGAGCAUUACACGUAAUGAACGCUUAUAACGGUACCGUCGACAAUAAAUGGUUCGGUGGAUCAGCUUUGGCUAUCGCAUACACCUCAGAUGUGAACAGUAUCAAACCAAACGAUUUAACAGUCAUUAGUGUAAAACAAAAUUCAGUAUGGGAACGUCAAAUCAGUUAUCAAAUUCCAGCAGGAUUACCCCCUUGUCCUGCGGGCGGUUGUUUAUGUACUUGGAAUUGGAUACAUCAAGGCGGUCAUGGUGAAGGUUACCCAAAUGAAAUUUACAAUGUCAUGUACCGAUGUCAAGUUACCGGUAAUACCAACUCUGCAAAUGUAGUACAAAAAGGAGCUAUCCCUAACAAGUGUGAUGGAAACCCUUCCGCUUGUGUCAAAGGUCCUAAAGUCCCAAUGUAUCUCUGGCAAGCCGAUGGAAACAAUCUUCCCGAUCUUGAUACACCACCAAACUACAAGGACAACUGGGGAUAUGCUGAUGGUGCCCAAAAUGAUGUGUUCAAACCCGCCGCAACUCCUGCUAGCUCCACUCCUCCCAAAGCAACUGCCACUGCUCUGCCCUCUGGUUGGAAAGCCUUAGGGUGUAUGACUGACAGUACUACUACUCGAGCUCUCCCUGGAGUAUCCAGCUCCGACGCCAACAACAACACCAUCCAAGGCUGUGUUGCCUCAUGCGCAAGUAAAGGUUACCUUUUCGCUGGUGUCGAAUACGGACAAGAAUGUUGGUGUAGUAACACCGCCACUCUCACCGCGGCCGCCAGCACAGAAUGUAACAUGGUUUGUCCUGGUGAUAUCUGGAGCAACUGUGGAGCUGGUGGUAGAAUCAACGUAUUCGCAAGUUCAAAUGCGCCUACUUCAGGAGAACCAACAACUGUUCCAGCAUCUUCAUUACCCUCCGGAUGGUCAGAUCUAGGAUGUAUUGUCGAUGAUCAAUCAAAUCGUGCAUUAAAUGGUGGUUCUUCAACAUCAUCAAAUAAUACCGUACAAUCUUGUAUCGCUAAAUGUUCUGCUCAAGGUUUCGCUUAUGCCGGUGUGGAAUAUGGUCAAGAAUGCUGGUGUGGAUCAACCGCUCGUCUUACAGCUGCAAGCUCAGGAUGUAAUGUUGCUUGUUCAGGAGAUCCUUCAUAUGUAUGUGGAGGAAGUAACAGAUUGAACGUUUAUUCUUCCAAAUCUUCUACGUCAAGCAUCUCGGCUUCUGCAUCUAGAUCAACGGUCGCCUCAACCAGUACCAUUAGUUCCAAGGUGUCGACAUCCACCUCCUCAAGUAAGGCUGCGACAUCUUCAUCCUCAAGCAAAGCUGUUGUGACAUCUUCAUCUUCAAGCAAAGCUGCGGUGUCUUCUUCCUCGAGUAAAGCUGUUGUUUCAUCUUCAAGCAAGGCUGUUGUCUUAUCCUCCUCAUCGAAACCUGCCACCUCUACAAGCACGUCGAAAGUAGUAUCCACGACCCCGCUUGCAGCUCCUACCAGUGCCAAGACUUCAACCACUACUACCAAGGUAACAUCCACCACUUCCAUUAAGCCCUCAACAACCACUACUAGCACUACCACCAUCAAGACAUCAACCUCCACAUCGGCUGCACCUGCUGCUACCACUUCCUUACCUGCCGGAUGGGUCUCAAGGGGAUGUUAUGUCGACUCAUCUUCUGCUAGAGUAUUAACUGGUUCAAUGGACUCGAAGACCGAUAUGACAUACGCCCAAUGUAUCGCCAUAUGUACCAAGAAGAACAUGCCAUACGCAGGUCUCGAAUAUGGUAAACAAUGUCUCUGUGGUACUUCAAUGGUCAGCCCCACUUCAGCGACGGGAUGUACCACUCCCUGCGCAGGAGAUGCUUCUGCAAUGUGUGGAGGUUUCAACAGAAUCACAAUCUUGCAACAAACAUCAACUGUGAAAUCUAGAAGAGAAUGGAAUGGUGAGAGAGGUCAACCUCCAUACUAA